CACCGCCGGUGUCAGGUGCUGCCAACGUGCCACUCGGUGUCAGUGCUGACAACAGCAGGAGGCGCCAUGGAGUGUCGCGUGUCUAAGAGACCUGCCGUGCUGACCAACGUCACUGACCGCCCCAAGCUCUACCGGAACCCCACGGCCAUCCACUUCCUCUUCACGGAGCCACCAAAGUGGAACGAGGUAGAGGACGACGGGUUUGAGUACCAAACAACGGGCCUUACGUUUCCCUGGGGCCAAGGUCCCUCUUGGUGCACUGGUAACUCUAGACUUGUCAACAUUAUAACCUUGGACCAGAUGAGGAUCAUCAUGCGGGAAACUGCCAAAAACACUUCAUACUGGGUGAACCUGACUCGCAAGCCAGGCGGCCAGCCCACUUGGGACGCGGGAGGAGCGGCCAUACCUUACAACCAGACGGACCUGGACCCCGCAAGCCUCGUGGACCAGAUCUACCCGUCGUGGUCCUCAUACUUCUACUUGACGCACAACGGUUCUCACUACACCUUCACUGGGACCUUCUCCCCUUUCGUCCUCUACUCUACCAUCUGCCAGGACAACCUGCUCAACCUUGUGCUUUUUGUAGAGAUGUUGGGACAUUUGGAUGAGGAGAAACAGGGAGAGUUGAGCGCCUUAUUAGGCAAGUAUGAAAAUAUGUUCGGGGUAGUACUUACCCAAACUCAUGUCAUUAGCCAAUUACGAGCUGCAAAUAAAACAAAGGGUUUCACACUGUCUACAAUAUCUGGCAAUGUCCUUCUUAAGACUGGGCCAGUAAAAGAAUUUGGAUACCUGGUACAACAUGCGACUGAUCCCUUGGUGACCACUUAA